GGAGGUGCAGAGCCGGCAGGGAGGAGCAGGAGGAGCAGGAGGAGCACAGCUCUCCUCGCUGCAGGAGGAGCUGGACCGGCUGAGGGAGGAGCUGCAGGAGGCGUCGGCCCAGAGGAAGAGGAUGGAAGAGGAGCACGGCAAGGAGAAGACGGGGCUCCAACUGCGGGUGGAGGAGUUGGAGAAAGAGAACGCUCUGCUGAAGAGUGAGAAGGAAGAGAUGAACCACAGGAUUCUUCAGCUCACUAAGAGCUCUGGAGAUGGUGUCUCUCGUCCAGAGGACAGCGGCAGUGUGUCUCUGAUGGAGACAUCGCUGCAGGCGGAGCUGGACGCAGAGAGGCAGCGAUACCAGAACCUCCUCAAGCAGAAGACCACGGUGGAGCAGAGAUACGACAACCUGAAGGAGGAGCUGUCCAUGAGCAAGUUCCAGCCUGGCCACAGGAGGAACCCGUCCAAUCAGAGCAGCCUGGAGUCCGACUCCAACUACACCUCCAUCUCCACCUCGGAGUUGGGAGACACCGAAGACUCCAUCCAGCUAGUGGAGGAGAUGGGCCUGGAGAAGGCCGCCAUGGACAUCAGCCUGUUCAUGAAGCUGCAGAAGAGAGUCCGAGAGCUGGAGCAGGAGAGGAGGAGGCUGCAGGUCAACCUGGACAAGAUGGAGGAGCUGGCCAGAAGCAGGGGUUCAGAGUCCAGAAGCUCCACCUCGGAGCAGGAGACUGCUGAUCUGGCCUACAAUAACCUGAAGAGGCAGGAGCUGGAAUCAGAGAACAAGAAGCUGAAGAAGGACCUGAACGAGCUGAGGAAGUCUAUCUCUGAGCGAGCGUCUGAGAACGACUCGUCCAAGGAGCUUCAGGACAGCUACAACCUGCUGCUCAGCCAGCUCCGCUCAGCCAAUGAGGAGCUGGACGGCCGUAAGGAGGAGGUCCUCAUCCUGAGGACUCAGAUAGUCAGCACCGCCCACAUCCGGGAGAACAACCAGCCAAUACAGCAGAGCAGUGAAGCUCCGGAGGUGAGCGAGGACAAGGAGCCGCUGGACAGCGAGGAGGCUCUCAAAGCGUACCACGGACUGCGCGAGUCCAAGAACACUCUGCAGGACUGGUGUCCUCUCGAUGAAGACGGGGAGCUGGGUCUGGCUUACCAGGGCCUCAAACAGGUGGCCAGGCUGCUGGAGGCUCAGCUGCAGACUCAGUCCAGGCAGCAUGGGGACGAGCUGGAAGCUCUCCACACACAGAUCGAGCUGCUGAGGGACGACAUUGAGAAGAAGCAGGAGAUCUUGAGCUACACGGCGUCUCUGUCUCCGGAGGCUCGGGUGGAGUACAGCGUCCAGCAGGAGAUCACCAGGCUCACCAACGACAACCUGGACCUCAAGGAGCUAGUGGAGAAACUGGAGAAGAACGAGAGGAAGCUAAAGAAGCAGCUCAGGAUCUACAUGAAGAAGGUUCAGGAGCUAGAAGCUUCUCAGGCUGCAGCUCAGACCAGCCGGUCCAGACCUGCACUGAGCCGCCAGGUGACGGUCCAGAGGAAAGAGAAGGACUUUGAGGGGAUGCUGGAGUACUACAAGGAGGACGAGGCCCUACUGUUUAAGACCCUGAUCACAAACAUCAGGCCCAACACCGUGUCGGCCACAGUUCCCUGCCUGCCGGCUUACAUCCUCUUCAUGUGCAUCCGCCACGCCGACUACGUCAACGACGACCAGAAGGUGGAGUCCCUGCUCACCUCCACCAUCAACGCCAUCAAGAAAGUCCUCAAGAAGAAUAACGAGGACUUUGAGAUGACGUCCUUCUGGCUGGCGAACACCAGCCGGCUGCUCCACUGCCUGAAGCAGUACAGCGGAGACGAGGCGUUUAUGACUCAGAACACGGGCAAACAGAACGAACACUGCCUGAAGAACUUUGACCUGGCCGAGUACCGGCAGGUGCUGAGUGACCUCUCCAUCCAGAUCUACCAGCAGCUCAUCAAGGUGGCUGAGGGCAUCAUACAGCCCAUGAUCGUGUCGGCCAUGUUGGAAAGCGAGAGCAUCCCCAGCCUGGCGGGGGUCAAGACGAUGGGCUACAGGAACCGCUCGUCCAGCAUGGACGUGGACAGCGGCGGGCCCGCCACCUACACCCUGCAGGCGCUGAUCCGGCAGCUGGGCCAGUUCCACGGCACCAUGCGGGACCACGGCCUGGACCCCGAGAUCGUGGGUCAGGUGGUGCGUCAGCUGUUCCACUGCGUCAACGCCGUCACCCUCAACAACCUGCUGCUGCGCAAGGACGUGUGCUCCUGGAGCAACGGCAUGCAGCUCAGGUACAACACCAGUCAGAGGGAGGAGUGGCUUCGGGCCAACAACUUGUCCCACAGUAAAGCUGCAGAGACCUUGGAGCCGAUCAUCCAGGCCGCUCAGCUGCUGCAGGUGAAGAAGAAGACGACUCAGGACGCCGAGGCCAUCUGCUCGCUGUGCAGCGCCCUCAGCACGCAGCAGAUCGUUAAGAUCCUGAACCUCUACACUCCUCUGAACGAGUUUGAGGAGAGAGUCAGUGUGUCCUUCAUCAGGAGCAUCCAGACCCGUCCUCAGCAGAGACACGACCCCCCUCAGCUCCUGAUGGACACAAAGCACAUGUUCCCCGUCCUGUUCCCCUACACGCCGUCCGCCCUCAGCCUGGAGACGCUGCACAUCCCCGCCUCCCUCGGCCUCGACUUCCUCAUCCGGGUCUGAAGGAGCAGUGAACUGACCCCAGAUCAGCUGAGGACCACCAUCAGAUAUCACCUCCGAUAUGUGAAGACCUCUGCUUCUUCUUCUGCUAAAGCCCAGCUGUUACGCAACGGGAAGUGAUGGAAGGAACGGGAGAGAGUCUCUGUAGGCUCAUUAAGAAACAUAUCCUACUUCAGGUUUAUCAAUCACAUCUUCUCUGUUCGUAUCAUUAAGUUCUGUUAGUUUACGGUUUAAUGAUCGCGUUGCCUUCAGGUCUCGAUGCGAGAAUCAGACGUCCGGCUCUUCAGUCGUUUGAUUUGUAAAGUGAUUUAUUGAUAGGAAAUACUGACAAAAACCUCCUUUAUUCUUUAGUCUAGCAGCUUUAUUCGUCCUCAGUCGGGGUCAUUAAAGGUCGCUCUGUUCCCUUUUAACCAAUCAGAAGUAAUCAAUCCUGAUGGCCGCUUUUCUUUUUCAUUUUCUCCUUUGAUUAUUCUUAUUUCUUUUAUUUUUAUAUCUCCGUGUGGGAUAAUCGCCCGUUUUCUUUUCUCACUUUAAGCUUCUUUGUCUUUCUUUGUUUGAUUAGGAAAAGGAUCCGGUGACACUAAUCGAUAACUCAGAUAGGACUAAACGCUGUAGGAGGAAGCUUCCAGUGUGAGCCGGACAUUAGAUUAUCAACACUAGUUAUUAACACCAAUCAUUAACACUAUUAACUCAAGUUAUUAACACUAAAGACUAAUUAUUAACAAUAUCGAACUGAAUCAGAUUCUCAGAGAAAAGCAUUUUUUAUGAAAUGAAACUGAAGUUAAGUUUUUUUUAAUCUUUUGAGUGAACAAUGUAGAAAGUUGAAUAAAUUCCUGCUGAAUAUUAUAUAUUUUCAUAAGAUGAAGUGAGGAGCAGCGGCUGCGUAUCAUACUACAUACAAACUGAUUCCUUCACUUUCAAACUUUGAUGUAAAUGUUUUCUUCCACUGGACGAAGCACAAAGUAACUUCCUGUAUUUCAAAGAAUAUCUUUUGGUGACAAAGUGACUCACAAAUACGAAUGUUUUGUUCAUCUGACGAGGAAUAAAUACUUUUCCAGCAAAA